AUGUCAGGGGAAUUCGAAGACAACGAGCAGGAGGUGUGGGAAGAAGACGCGAGCAGCGACAACGAGCAAGGCGAGGGAGGACUGGCCGUGUUCUCCGAAGGAGACGCUGAGCCUGACAACAAUGAAGUUUCCUUGGCAAAUCUUGGCUUAGAUAAGUAUGCCACAGUGGACGAUUCUUCUUUCGAUGACUUUGAACUACCAGAGACCAUCGCAACAGUCCAGGAGGCCUGGAAUGCCUUUUGUGGCGAGUUUGAGUCACGCGAAGCAGCCGGGGAAAUGUUUUUCACAUCGCUGUUCGAUGCAGCACCAAGCCUGCAGCUUUUGUUCAAGAGCCCCAAAGCUGUAGUGGCGUUCCAUAGCAUUCGUUUUUGGUGUCGCACUUCCGAUGGCUCUUUUCCCUCUGUUACAGUUCACUGCGCCCAGGAAGCUCAAGGAUUUCGGCACUUGGAGAUCGAUGUCACGAGUGUGCGUGUGGACUUCUUCCGAGAAGCCUUUCUGGAUCUUAUGGAGGAGACGCUAGGAGCCCGCUUCAACAGCAAUGUCCGCGCGGGACUCCAAACGUUGAUAAAUUAUGCAGGCGGCGCCUUCAUCUACAUCCGCAGGGAGUACGCAGGGCGCAUUAGUCUGAUCCUGCGCAGUUGGAACUUCGCAUCCAAGGGCUCGAACGAUGCCUCGAACCAGUCUGGCGCGCGCAGCUCCGGAGAGCCGAGUGAUGGUCAGAGACUUCUCUGCAAAGCAUGUAGCGGACUGAUGUUUGUUUUGGAUGCUCCUCAUGAACCACAUGCCAUGUCAUGCUCCAUGUCAUGCUAUGUCAUGCCAUGCUGUGCAAGGAUGAAGGUGCCCACUACAUUCAACGAGAUGGUGCUUUUCAAUGCAUCCGUGAUGGGCUUCGGCGCAAACACGUGGAUGAACAUCAUCUUGGCUCAGUUUGACGACAUGGUGAGGAACGUCGCGAACUCCUCACGCCUGCAGGAGGAGUGCGAUGUGGUCUCGCUGGUUUUGGCGAAAUACCGAGGCACGAUCAACCUGCCAGACUUCAAGGCUGUCACUUUGUCUUCGCUUCGGUCCUUGCUUCCAGAGGAGUGGGAUUCGAACCACGAGAUCGCGUGGGGAUGGCUUUGGGAGAAUAUCGAGGGCCUGCUCAGCUCCAUGUUAGGCGCCGAGUUAUCACCGCGCUUGCCCGUGAAAAGGCAGAGAUUUGCGUUUCGCCAGGACUCCCUGCAUUUGACGCGGCGCUUGUUCCCGGUCUUCUUUGAGCUGGCGCCUGCUGGUCAGGACGCAAGGGGCGACCCCUGGCAGUGUAGAAGAUAUUCUGCAGAUAGAAUCAUUUCCAUGACCGUGGACAUGUAUGCCACUCCACGGAAGAUGGUGGAAGAGAUUUCGGGCAUCGGAUUGCGGCACGUGGGCUAUGCCAUUCCUGUGGAGAUGUUCCCUCCUUUCGUUUCAGCGGCAGUUGGGCUGCUACAAGAGAUGACGACCAACGAGCUUGCGAUCGAGGCUUUCCGGUGGUCCCUGGCGCUCAUAGCCAAGAUCCUGGUGCGCCUGCCAUGCACCGGUGUAGAAGGAAGCUAA